CCGGCCGGAGAUUAAUUCAAUGGAGUUAUUUUGAAGUAACCCAACCGACGGUGUGACAUGCCAUCUCGAUGUCCUUGUUGUUGGCCUUUAAUUGCCAGCAGCUUCUUCCUCGAGGGCCAUCAAUCGACCGAGAUCUCUUGUGCUAGUGCCGUUUUUUGUGUGGGGGAGUUAAGGGAGUGCGACGAUCGAUGGGGCUCCGCAACUCUAUGCUGGAGGUGGCGCUGAUCCUUGCGGUCACCUGCUCCGUGGCAGUGGCGUAUGAUCCCUUGGACCCGACGGGCAACAUUACCAUCAAAUGGGAUAUUGUGUCAUGGACGCCGGACGGAUACGUGGCGAUGGUGACGAUGAACAACUACCAGCAGUACCGGCAGAUCAUGGCGCCGGGGUGGACGCUGGGUUGGUCGUGGGCCAAGAAGGAGGUGAUCUGGUCCAUCGUGGGCGCGCAGGCCACCGAGCAGGGCGACUGCUCCAAGUUCAAGGGCGGCAUCCCGCACUCGUGCAAGCACACCCCUUCCAUCGUGGACCUCCUCCCUGGCGUGCCCUACAACCAGCAGAUCGCCAACUGCUGCAAGGGCGGCGUCAUCUCCGCCUACGGUCAGGACCCGGCCGGGGCGCUGUCGGCGUUCCAGGUCUCCGUGGGCCUCGCGGGCACCACCAACAAGACGGUGAAGCUGCCCAAGAACUUCACCCUCAUGGGCCCAGGCCUGGGCUACACCUGUGGGCCGGCCACCGUGGUUCCUUCCACCGUGUACUGGAGCGCCGACCACCGGCGCAAGACGCAGUCCCUGAUGACAUGGACGGUGACGUGCACUUACUCGCAGCAGCUGGCUUCCAGAUACCCGACCUGCUGCGUCUCCUUCUCCUCCUUCUACAACAGCACCAUCGUGCCGUGCGCCAAGUGCGCGUGUGGUUGCGGCAGCCGCAAAGCAGCAGCGAGAUCCGCCGGGCGAGGAGGCAACAGCCACAGCGACGGGUGCAUCAUGGGGGAUUCCAAGCGUGCUCUCACGCCCGGGGUCAACACCCCCAAGAAGGACGGGGCGUCGCUGCUGCAGUGCACAAACCACAUGUGCCCCAUCCGGGUGCACUGGCACGUCAAGCUCAACUACAAGGACUACUGGCGCGCCAAGAUCGCCGUCACCAACUUCAACUACCGCAUGAACUACACGCAGUGGACGCUCGUGGCGCAGCACCCCAACCUCAACAACGUCACCGAGGUCUUCAGCUUCCAGUACAAGCCGCUGCUCCCCUACGGGAACAUCAAUGACACCGGCAUGUUCUACGGGCUCAAGCUCUACAACGACCUGCUCAUGGAGGCCGGGCCCUUCGGCAACGUGCAGUCGGAGGUGCUCAUGCGCAAGGACGACAACACCUUCACCUUCAGCCAAGGAUGGGCCUUCCCGCGCAAGAUAUACUUCAACGGCGAUGAGUGCAAGAUGCCGCCACCGGACUCCUACCCCUACCUGCCCAACUCCGCCCCGCUCGCCACGCCACGUUCCGCCCUCGCCUCCGCGUGCUUGCUGCUGCUGCUCCUCCUCCUGGUGGCAUGAUCCAUAUCUUUUUCAUGGUUUGAACUACUCAACACCAGAGCGGUGUAGUAGAUCAUAGAGUUGCUUGGAUUUUGCUUGGAUUUCAGUCAGCAGAAUCUGUCGUCUGUUUAGCUUUGCAACUGCAAGACAGAUCUUCAUGUACAACACAGUUUUUGGAGUCUCAAACUAGGCCUGCUUUGAAAUUUACAUCACAGCCUCGUUUUUUUCACUGAAUUUGACUCCUGCAACAUAUGGUCUUGGUUUGAAAGGAAAAAAAAAGAGCACCAAUUUGGUA